AUGGUGGCAAGUUUUGGCGAUUUAGGAAAGUCGGCCCGUGAUAUUUUUGACAAGAACUUCAGCUUCGGGUAUCUUAACUUUGAGUUCAAAACCAAAACUGAGAAUGAUAUCUCCGUGACAUGUGGUGGCAAACACGACACAAAUGCUGGAAGAGUUUCGGGUUUCUUAGAGUCGAAGUUAAAAGCUGCCCCAGGAGUUCAUUUAAAGACAAGAGUCGAUUCUAAAUGGCUAAUGACAAGUGAAUUAGAAGUCGACAAGAAAUUCCAUGAGGACUUAUCGCAUAAUGUGAUAACUACAAUGGAGCCUGAUUCAGGAGCGAAGUCAUUGUUGCUAAAAAAUAAGUUCAAGAAUGAAUAUUUCAAUGCUAAUCUGGAUAUGAAUUUCAAAUCGAAAUAUCCUCUGAUCACCGGAUCACUCGUAUUGCCCAUCCCCCAUUAUCCUGCAUUUCGUAUUGGUGCACAAGCCGUGGUUGACAGUGAGAAGUCAGAAAUUAGCAAACACGUUUAUGCAAUCAACUUUAAGCAGUCUGAUGUGCAAGCGCAUGCUACACUCACCGGGCAUUCGGAUGUUGACUUGAGCGUUUUUCAAAAAUUCAAAGACAUGAAACUAGGUUUCCGUGUUGGUUGGCGACCAGACACUCGUGAGACGUCAUUUGGUGCAGCUCUUCGUUAUAAAACCUCUCCUACUGGGAAAGUAAAAGUCAAAAUAGACCAACAUUGCGUAGUUGGACUGGCUUACAAGCUUAAAUUAAACUCAGAUGCGUGUUUGGCAUUGUGCACUCAAUUUGAUGGGAAGAAUUUAGAGAAUGGAGGUCAAAAAUACGGCAUCAUGUUCAAGUUUGGAUCGUAA